CUACCACGCGACAUAAGAUUCUUUUUCAAUAAAUACCCAAAGGGGGCGUGUGUCUUCCACACGCCUUUCAUCUUCCAUUCAUCCACCUUAGACGUUCAGAAUUUUCUUUCCAUUUUUCUCCUCCAUGGCAGUCUGUGACUCUGCAGAUCAACCAACCCUCAACGACGCCAAACUGGCCGUCCACAGCAACGAUGUUGAAGGACAGAUAGUCGAAGUGAAGGAUUUCGACUACACCCAAAGAGCCCAGUGGCUCCGAGCCGCAGUGCUUGGUGCAAACGAUGGGCUGRUCUCAACCGCAUCACUAAUGAUGGGUGUUGGCGCGGUGAAACAAGAUGCGAAAGCGAUGAUCRUUACCGGCUUUGCCGGAUUGGUCGCCGGAGCAUGCAGUAUGGCGAUAGGAGAAUUUGUCUCGGUUUACUCGCAAUUGGACAUAGAAGUGGCUCAGAUGAAAAGAGAGAACAGGUCGAGAGAUGACAGCGAGAGCAAUGAAGAAAACAAGAAGGAGAAACUGCCGAAUCCAUUCCAGGCUGCGGCAGCGUCCACUCUCACCUUUGCCAUCGGAGCUAUGGUUCCGCUGCUGGCCGCGUCCUUCAUCAAAGAAUACAGAGUGAGGCUGGGGGUGGUGGUUGCAGUCUCCAGUUUGGCGUUGUUGGUAUUUGGAGGUCUAGGGGCGGCCAUGGGAAAGGCACCGGUGGGGAAGGCUUGUUUCAGGGUUCUAAUUGGUGGAUGGUUGGCUAUGGCCAUUACUUUUGGAUUAACAAAGCUUAUUGGAUCUCAAGCACUAUAAGCCUUUUUUUUUUUUAAUUUCUCUGUAUCAAACUAGCAAAUAUCCAUGACAAAAAAAGAUAGAAAAGGUGUUUGUCAUAUUUUGUUUCUUCUGUAUCUUUAAUCUACCAAUGAACUCUCUUGUUAUUGUAGAUCUGGAUCUACAAAACAGGAUUAGAUUAGAGAAUUUAGAUGCAAACAGUUUUGUUUUUCCUCAAGGGUCAUUUACUUA